AUGGAUAAUGGUAGAAUGGUUUUGACUAGUUUUGGCAUGUUUAGGGAAUGUCCAUCAAUUCCUCAAUGCUACCGGGAUGAAGAAAUUAAACUUGCAUCUUAUUAUAAGCCAAUCGAAGUAGAUCCAGUAAUGAGUAUUGAAGAAAAGACUAAACAUAUGGUAGAUUGGUACCAAGCUGCACAUAAACUUUUAAAAGGUGUUAAAUUUCCAAAGCAAGAACUAUUGGAAGUAGGACAUAAGAUGGUAGAAUGUUUUAGAUUAGGAGUGAAGGAAUUAAUUUCAUGGAGUCAGACCCAACAAGUGCCAGUUCUUGUGUUUUCUGCAGGACUUGGGGAAUCUGUUGUUGCUGCAUUAAAAGCUGCUAAUUUUUUGCUUCCAAAUGUUAAGGUUGUAUCAAACUUCCUCGCAAUUGAUGAAACGGACACUAUAGUUGGUAUAAAAGGCGAUGUAAUACAUACAUACAACAAGAAUGAGACCGCAAUAAAGGGUACAGAGUACUAUGAAAUGGUAAAGGAGCGUCAUAACGUGCUGCUUAUGGGUGAUAAUAUUGGGGAUGCAGGCAUGGCGGAAGGAAUGGAACACUGCGAUGUCAUCAUAAAAAUAGGGUUUUUAGGUCGAAAUGCCGGUCCCAACCUUGAAAACUACCUCAACAAAUUUGAUAUAGUAUUGGUCAAUGAUUCCACAAUGGAUGCAGCCAAUGCUAUAUUGAAAAGAGUGCUG